AUGCCAGGCCAGGGGCACAGCAUCUCAGUUGGCUCGCGGCUCAUAAUACUCAGCAUCGUCUUGCUCGGCGCCGGCUUGCUUGUCAGCUACGUGCACAACCAGUGGAAACGGAGAAAGCUUCCGCCUGGGCCCCCUGGCCUCCCAGUCCUGGGAAAUGCCCUGCAGCUGGGCGAGUUCCCGUGGCACAAAUUCACUGCGUGGAAGGAGAAAUAUGGUCCCCUCAUAUAUCUCGACGGUGCCGGCCAGCCAAUCGUGGUCAUCAACACGCUGGAAGUGGCCGUGGACCUUCUCGACCGCAAGGCAGGCGUCACGUCUGACCGGCCUCACAUCAUCGUCCCUGACAUGAUGACGGGGGGACUCUUCACCCCUUUUGUGGGCCAUAACGACAUCUGGCGUCGAAUGCGCAAGGCGACGCAGGAGAGUCUGCGCACAGGAACCGCGCAGUUCAACAAGGCCGCCCAGCACAAGGACGGCGUGCAACUCGCCCUCAGCAUGCUCACGGAUCCCAGCCACUGGUAUGCCCACUGCAGACAGGCCGUCGCUUCGACCAUCAUGCAGGUGACGUACGGAAAGUCGCCGCCCAUGUGGAAGUACACGGAGAAUGUCGCAAAGUUUCACGAGUUCGUCGACGGGGUCACGCGCGCGGCCAUGCCCGGAGCCCACUAUGUUGAGAUUGCGCCGUGGUUGAGAUAUGUCCCAUCUCAAUUUGCACCCUGGAAAAGGAUGGCGGGUGCCUUUUUCGCCAAGCAUUCGAAGAGCUUCAGGGACAUCUAUGAGGAUACGCGGACGACAUUGGAUACCGGAGACCAGAGUCUGAGUCUCGUACGAGACUUCAUCCAAGACGGCGCCAAAUACGGCCUUUCCCAAGAGGAGGCCUACUGGCUCGCUGCAGCCGCAUUCGCCGGAGGCCAAGCAGCAUAUGGCGUGCUUGCAUGGUGGAUGAUGGCCAUGAUCCUGUUCCCCGAGACGCAGCGGCGCGCCCACGAAGAGAUUGACCGAAUCAUCGGACGCGGCAGGAUUCCUAGCAUACAAGACUGCGAGAACCUGCCCUACAUGCAGGCCAUGGUCAAAGAGUCGAUCCGAUGGCGACCCAUUGACCCCAUCGGCCUCCCAAGACGAGCGUCCGAGGAGGUCCACUACCAGGGCUACGUGAUCCCCAAAGGAACAACCAUGAUCGCCAACGUGUGGGCCAUGCACCGCGACGCGCGCAGCUACGGUCCGGACGCGCACCUCUUCAACCCGGCGCGCUUCAUUGAUGACGAGACGGGCAAGCUCAAGCCUGGGCCUGCAGGCACCAAGGAGGAAAGCCACGUCACGUUUGGGUUCGGUCGGCGCAUCUGCCCCGGCCGCCAUGUGGCUGUGAGCAUGCUGGUCAUGCAGAUGACGCUGGUGCUCUGGGCUAUGAAGAUCGAGGGGCUUCGGGAUGGGAAGGGGGAGCAUGUGCCUAUUGAUGUGGAUGGGUGCAUUGAUGAUGGGCUUGUUGUCCGCCCCAUUCCGUUCGGAGUCAAGCUCACGCCUCGCUUCCCAGAGGUGCUGGCGAUGCUUGAGAAGGAGUACAUUGCGCUAGGUCUGAAUGACGAGUAGUGAUCCAGGUCGACUUGGAUUGUUGCUGGCAGACUCACAGGCAGGAGGCAGGGGGCAGCAGUUCAAGG